CAGGACCGAAUCCGCAACGUCGGUGUGUUGGGACGUCACUCUAAUCCACUGAGCUGUUCACCGGGACUCCGUGGAGGAUUUUAAACAGAGGAGGGACAUGAAGUACAUUAGGGUUUUACAAGUGUCCCAAAGGCUGUUCCACGCAAGAACAGACUGAAAGAGGGUAAUGAAGACAUCGAGGCACUCACUAUGCGGUUAAACUUUUGUUGAAGGGCGCAGAGCUAGUAAGAGGAGGCACAGAGGUUAGACAUCCAUCCAGCCCUUGUUUACCCGGUUCAAAGGCCAGGUCUAAGUGGUGAGUGCUGCACACUCUCAGCACUAGACUACAUUCCGGACCUUCUGAGGAAGCCAGAGCUACCUGAUCCUGGUGAGCACAUGUGGCUCCUUUACACAUUCAUUUGUGUUGUUUCCUGUGGGGGAGAAAGAAACUCAAGGUCAUUUUGGAGGUUCUGCUGUGGGCCUCCCGACUUGGAGGCCUCUGGAGCUGUGAGAACAUCAUUGCCCAGAGAACCCUGGGUGGAGUGGUGUUCAUGUGGAGCCAAUGAAGGUCCAGGACUGCCAGCAUUCUCCUUGUGGCUGCUCCUUCAGAGACUCUGGAUGUCACAACCAGACAGAGAAGGCGGGGCAGGAGCUGUUGUCCUUGUUGCACAGAGUACAAUGGCAGUGGCCGCACUGAGGGGCUCAGCUGAGGGCCGUGUGACCUUUGAGGAUGUGGUUGUGUACUUCUCCUGGGAGGAGUGGGGGCUCCUGGAUGAGACUCAGCGAUGCCUGUACCACGAUGUGAUGCUGGAGAACUUUGCCCUUGUGACUUCACUGGGUUGCUGGUACGGAAUGGAGGAGGAGGCGGCGGCGCUGUCUGUGCCAAGUGUUUCUGUAGCACGAACGUCCCUAGGCCAGACUCCAGUUCCAGAUCCAGCCAUUCAGGAGACUCACCCCUGUGAGAAGUGUGUCCUGGUCAGGGGAGACAUUUUGUACCUGACAGAGUACCCCAGAUCACAUCCUGGCCAGACAUCACACAAUUAUGAGGCCUGUGGAAAACAACCCUGGUUCAGUCCAGACCUGCACGAGAAGCACAAUGAAGAAAAGCCACUCUGGAGGGACAUGGACACAGCCUCAUUUGUGACAAGCUGCAAAUUCCACAUGUCAGGGAAGCCUUUCACGUUCACUUGUGGGGCAGUCAGGAAGGACUUCUUGGCCAUGUUGAGUCUUCUCCAGCAUCAGGCCACUCUCAAAGGGGCAAAGUCACCCAGCAAUUUUCAGUGUGGGGAUGAGGAGGCCUUUCAUAGCGGGAGGAAUCAUACGGGCAGUGACUAUGAGAAACCACUCAGCUACGAAUACAAACUGCUUCAGCAUCAGCAGCUUCACCCUCAAAGUCAUGACUGUGAUGAUUGUAAGAAACCCUUUAACCAAAGCUCCCCUGUUAGUGAUUGCCAGAGACCUGACACGGGAGCAAGGUCUUAUGAGUGCAAUGAAUGUGGGAGAUCCUUCAGCCAAAGCUACCACCUCAUUCAGCACCACAGAAUUCACACUGGAGCCAGGCCUUACAAAUGCAACGAGUGUGGAAAAGCCUUCACAUACAAACUCAGGCUUGUUCAGCACCUGCAAAUUCACAAUAGAGUUAAGCCUUAUGAGUGUGGGGAGUGUAGAAAAUCCUUCAGCUACAGCUCCACUCUCAUUAAACACCAGAGAGUGCACACAGGAGCCAGGCCUUAUAAGUGUGGUGAGUGUGGGAACUCUUUCAGUCAGAGCUCCAAUCUUGUCCAGCACCAGAAAAUUCACAAUGGGGCAAGGCCUUAUAAAUGCAGUGAAUGUGGAAAAUCUUUUAGCUACAAGUGCAAACUCGUUCAGCACCUGCGGAUUCACACUGGCGAAAGACCUUACGAGUGUGGGGAUUGUGGGAGAUCUUUCAGUCACAGCUCCACUCUCAAUCAGCACCGGAGAAUUCACACUGGAGCCAGGCCUUAUAAGUGUGGUGAGUGUGAGAAAUCUUUCAGCCAAAAGUCUAACCUCAUUCAGCAUCAGAGAGUUCACACAGGAGAAAGGCCUUACGAGUGUGGGGAAUGUGGGAAAUCCUUUAGCCAGAGCUCCCACAUCAUUCAACACAGAAAACUUCACACCAGAUAACCUCAUGAAUGUGCAAUGUCUCUGGGCAAAUUUGUUAGCCACUGCUCUGCUCUCAAUUCAAUGAAACAGUUUAAACCCAGAGAUACUUUUUCUAAAGAUAUUAACAUUGUUUGGUCCCAGAAAGUCCACACAGGAGAAAAGCCUGAGACCUGCCUCAGGGAACUCGCUACUUUUUUAUUAGGAAGUCCUCUGAAGUUGAACUUUAUGCUUCACCGUCUACAGUAGGGAGAAUCUCACCCAUGAAUUAUUCUGGGUAUGUGGGAAGCUUUUAUUUCUACCCUGUCGUUUCCCUUGCCUGAAUUCAUGCCCCUGCCACAGGCAAUCUCUCACUUCUGCCAGCCACCUCGAGGUUCCCCAGAUGUGUCUGAGUAGGGGAAAGGAGACUCUUCCUCCUUCCUAACCAGUUAGGGCAUAAUCUGCACUCAGUUUUGUUGGCCAGUAUUGGGCUGGGUAAAUGGUAGCUUGAAAAGAAGGGUUUGCUUCUCCAGUUGUGGUCUGUCACAUUGCUGCCAAAGGCUUCUUAAGAGAAACUUAACAAUUUGUGGUCCUCAUUUAUACCCUGGAUGUCAGCCCAGAAGAGUAAGGUAAGACUUGUGACAACCUCCAGUGCUUCUGCAAAUAUAAGUUGAUUCUCUUUUCCCAUGGAUGUCAUCAUAUGCUGAGCACGAUUGAAAGGAAGCUGUUUCCCAGGUACUAAGAAGAAACGUGCUUUUCAUGUCUUGAGUGGGUUGUCUGUCUUGAGUUGGGUUGUCUGGUGUUAGUAGUUGUAAGACUGUUGGGCUGGGAUGAAAUCAUAAUUUAUAUCAAAGCACUGGGUGAGACUGGAGCAACUAGAGGUGUACCCUCUAUACAUGUUCCAGUGACGAAAGGCUGUGUGGGGAUGAAUGUCCUGUAGUUGAGGUCAUUGUGAGCAAAUACAGCUUUGAUAAUUUGGUUAUUAUAGUAGUGUUUGAACAUAUUGCUGUUCCAUCUGAACAUAUUGCUACACAGGCAAGGAAAUGAAAAUAGGAGUGAGAGACCAGGGAUGUAGCAGCUUUUGUGACCCAGCCAAGUAACUAUCAGGAAACAAGAUCAUUUCUGAGUAUUUCCUGCUACUGAGGUUGGGCUGUGCUUCCCAAAGCAUGCAUAUGAAAAACAAUGUAAGGGGAUCCAGACUUAUCAUUUGGAUGAUUUUUAUACUUCGACAUGCUAUGGAACUACACUUGUUUUAGUUGUUUAGUUUUGGCAUGCAUCUAUGAAAUGUUCAAAAUCAUGACUUACCUCAUUCUCACUUUUUGCCCUUUUUAAAUCUUCCUCUACCCUUCAAAGAGGGAUCAGUGUUAAUUUCUUUCACAGAUUUUGUGUUUUAUAAAAUUUUAUAUGAUUUGAGUCAUGAAGUGUUCUCAGAGGUUUUACAUUUUGGUUUUCUUUAUGCUCAUAAUAUUACUUUUGAGGUUGGUAUACAUCAAUCAUACUUAUUGGAAAUAUUUUAUUUCUUCUGUUGAAUACUAUUCUGCUCUAUGAAUGUUGACAUUUAAAUCUGUCAAUGGAGGAUGUUUGACUUCUUUCCACCUUUUUGGCUUUUACUGUUAAUGCAUCUCCUCCAAGAAAUCAACUAUUCCAGCCACUCACCCUAUGAGAAACAGUUAUCACCUGAAUUUUCACUUUUCUCAAAAACUACCCUUCCCAACUUUCCCUCCCUCAUAACAUUCCUCUCCUUCUCAAAUUACAGCUUUUUGCUGUUCCUGAAUA